GAGACUGUUUACAAAUGGCGGCUCAACUACAUGUCUGAGCUGGUAAAAAAGAAUGUUGAAAUUUUUCGUUAAAAAAAAGGGAGGUAGUAAAACUCCUUCCCCAACAGGAUCCUUAGCCUCAUUACAAUCACAGGAUGGGUCAGGAUAUUCAGUUAAGGAAAAAGAUCUGCCGAAGCUUCAUAAAGCUGCUUGGAUCGGCGAUUUUAACAAGCUUAACCAAUUAAUAAAAAAAGGUGAUUAUAAUUCCCGUGACAAAGAAAAUAGAACCGCCUUACAUUUAGCAUGUGCAAAUGGUAAUGUUGAUAUUGUUGAUCUGUUGCUGGAAUGGAAAGCCAAGCCUGAUCUGUUAGACAAAUUUGAUAGAUCUCCUCUUAUGAAAGCAGUCCAAUGUAAAAAAUCUGAAUGUGUAAAGCUACUUCUAGAGUCACAUGCCAAUCCGAACUUGGUUGAUAAAAAUGGAGGGUCUUGCUUACAUUAUGCUGUAGAAAAUAAUGAUAUUUAUUGUCUAGAAGAAUUAUUCAAGUCACGAAAGCUUAAUACAGAAUUGACAAACAAGAUGGGAGAUACAGCAUUACAUUUAGCUGUCAAAGGCCACAACCAAAAUAUUGCGCAAUUGCUACUUAAGGAAAGAGUUAAUCCUAACUGCCAAAACAAUGAAGGAAAGACACCCUUGAUGAUAGCGUGCUUCAUGGGAGAGGAGAGUACGGCCCGCCUAUGCUUGAAUUUUGGGGCUAAUGCUGGAUUGAAAGAUAACAAAGGCAAGACAGCAGAUGACUAUGCUUUGCUAAACAAUCAUGAUUCUUGUAGAGUGCUUUUACAAGAGUCACCAAGUGAUGCAAACGCACCUCUACACGAAAAUGAUGAAGUAGAUAAUGAUUCAAGAAAUGAAGCUCUUGAUUCUAUAAGAGGGAAAGACAAUAUUUCUAAUAAUUCUCAAAGUGUCGCUCCAAACGCUAUUGAUGAUGAUUUUGAGGAUUCUUGGGAUGGUGAAGAUGAAACUUCAUUAUUCAAUAGUAUUUCAAUGAGUAAAAAGCCAAAUAUAGACGGAAAUCCUUCACUUCUACCAAUCAAUGAUGCCACGUAUGCAAACAUUGGAGAAGCACAGUUCGGUGGUUAUAAUAAAGAAUUAUCAGAUGCUGAGGAAAUAGACAAAACAGUUCCGAACAUGUCAUCUUUUACAUCUUUCAAACCGAAUCAAUCACCUAAACCAAAGAUUCAAGAUAAAAUUCAAUCGCAACAGGACAAAACUAAAGAUAAAAUGGAUAUAGACGAUUUCGAUAGCGAUGAGACAAUUAGUGAUGUGUCUGAUAUUGAAGCAUCAGCAAAAUCUUUAUUAAAGAAUGAGAAUAUACCAAAAACCUUAGAUUCGAAACAGGAGGACAAUAGUGAUUGGGAUUCGAUUUCAAACAUUGAACCUUCCAUUAAAGAAGAAAAAGCUGCUGUGUCUGAUGGUACAGUAAUUGGCACAAAAAUAACCCCUCAUGCAAAAACAAGAGAGUCGGAUACUAAGCACGAGAAUUUUCCACAAGAUGACAGCCAAUGGGAUUCAGAAUCAAAAGAAGAGAGCGCUACAAAAGCUCCGAAGAAAGAUACUCAAGAGAGUGACGAUCCUAGUCAAUGGGAUUCUGAACCAAUAAAGAGUAAUAAAGAAGUGAUUUUAGUUCAGAAAAAGAAUGAAAGUACUUGGGAUUCAGGAUCUAGUGACGUUGAAAGCUUUGAUGAGGUGAAAUCUGAUUUUCAUAAGAAAGAUUCAUCUGAGAACAUAGCCCUUUCAAAACCACAAAAAUCACCUUCCACGACUCCUUCGAAAAAAGAACAAAACACUGCUCAUCAAUUCUUAAAUGAGUUCGAAAGUACAACAGCGUACGAUGCUCAAGAAAAUACCGUAUUCCCACAGAAUGCAUCCGUUAAUAGGAAUAUACAUGAUUCAAAUGUUCAAAGGCUGGAAAAACAGCUUGCACUGGUGAAUGAAGAACUUGAUAAAGAAAAAGCUUCGAAGUUGACUUUAGAAACUAAGAAAAAAAAUCUUGAAAAUGAAAAUAGCCAACUCUUAAAAGAGUUGGAGACAGAUAUUAAAUCAUUUAAAUCAGAUGACGAAGAACGUUUAUUUAUUGAAUGUGAAGCUAUGAAAAUGGAAUACGAGCGUAAGAUAAAGUCAAGUGAAAAGGAUCUUCAACAAGUCCAAGAUGACUAUGCCAUACUGUAUCAAAAAUAUGAAGCAGAAAUUAAGGAAAAAACAUUAGUUACUGAAGCCUUAGAACGAACAUCUCUAAAGCAUAAGGUUGAAUUGACGAAGCUCAAUGGGGAUAUAUCAAUUUUAAAGUCUGAAAAAGAACAUUUCCAGAGCAAUUUUGAGAAUAUGGCAAAGUUCAAGUUGCUUUUGGAAACCGAGAAGAAUGAAUUAGCCAGUACCUUAUCGAAUAUGCGAGAUCAACAGCAGGAGGAGAGUGAUUUAACAACCCAAAAAUUGUCUAAUGUGGAGCAAGAUAAUCAGGAACUACACAAGGAUCUUGAAAAUUUAAAAGUGAAAGUUUGUGAAUAUAAAGCCGAAAUAAAGGAAAAAAGUUUAGAAAUCGAAAAGUAUAAAAAAGAAUUAGAUUCUUUAUCCGAAUUAAAUGAAAAAUUCCAAUCGGAGAAGGAAACAAAUAUACAACUACAAGUUCAUUUGAAUGAACUACAAAUACGGUGCUCAGAAUUAAGAAAAGAGAAUGAGAGUGUGCAAAAAGGGACUGUGCCAGUCACAACCCACUCCCUUUUGGAAAACAGUCUAGAAAUUUUAAAAAAUGAUCGCAAAGAGACUGAAGACAAGCUUCAAGAAAGUAUCUAUAAAUAUAGAGAGGAGGCAGCUAUUUUGAAAUGCCGAAAUGAGCGUUUAGAGGUUGAUAUAUCGAAAUCGAAAACUGAUUUUGAAAAUCAGCAAAUAGAAAUAGAUAAGAUGAAGACUACUUGUGCAAGUUCCCAGCAGAUUAUAUCUGAAUUACAAAACGAAGUAAAGAACCUCACUGAAAAAUUGACAACAUCUCAAAAGAGUGCAGAUAAGAAUUAUAAAAACUACACAGAAGCAAAAGAAAAGAGUAGUGAAACAGUUCUUGAACUGGAAAACGUCAAGCGUAUUUAUAGUGAAUCUCAGCAGCAAUUGGCAGUCAAGACAGAGAUAAUAAAAAAUUUAGAAAAACUAAAAAAUGAGCUGGAAAUAGAAGCAAAACAAUUGCAGAUACAAUUAAAUGAGGCUAACAAAUCCUUAAACACUGAAAUAAUAACAGUUGAAAAUCUUAAAGCCAAAGUUGAUGAAUUAAAUCAGCUAUACAAAGAAAGCUGUGACAAAGCAGAUAAAUUACAAAUAGCCAAUAAUAAACUAGAAUACAGAAUUAAUGAAGUAGAAGUUGCUCAAAGUCAAGCAAUAAACCAUGCUCAAGAUUCAAAGUCACUGUGGGAAACUGAAGUUAAAUCGAAGUCAGCCCUAGGAAUUCGGAUAGCAGAAUUAGAAAGAGGAAAGCAAGAGUCUUUACUACAAAUCCAAGCUGAAAAGCAGAAAAUGCGAAAAGUUCUUGAGUUGAAGAAAGUUGCUGAAACUAAAAUGGAAGGUCUGAUGGAGAGUAAUGACAAACUGGAAAAAGAAGUCAACUUGCUUAAAACACACCUAAAAAUUGCAAAGAAGCGCUUGAAAGAAACUGGGAAUGGUAAAUCGCUGAAAGUUCAAACUUCAACUAAACUGAAAUCCUUAAUGGAAAAAUAUAAAUCUCGAUCAUCUGCUCUAAAGCAACUGCAAUUGGAUUACCGAAAUCUAGAAAUAUCUAGAGAUCGUCUUCUGGAAGAGUUUAAUGAUUUCAAAGUAUUCGAAAGUGGAAAGGAACAAACUAGGCACGAAUGGGAAAUUAAGGCUAAAGAUGAACUAAAUAGACAGCUCAAAGAGAUGAACGCACGAUUAGAAGAAGAAUCUCAAGUUCGACAGCAGAAUGUUCUAUUAAAAGAGAAAAGAGAAAUUGAUCUCAUUAGGGAAAUGGAACAUGUUAAAAACGAUGUAAUUCUUGCCAAACAGCAAGCUUCACAGGUUCGCGUGGAGAAAGAUGCAAAAGACAGGGAAAUUAAACGCUUGAGGGAACUCUAUGACGAUGAGGUAAAGCAAUGUGCCGAGCUAUCCAAACAAUUACAGCUGUCUCAUGAGAAAUACUUACAAUUUGGGUUAUCAGGAAGAAGUAGAUUCCGUUUAGAGUCAAUGAAUCCAUCUGACAAAAUGAAAGACAUUAAUGAAUCAUUUAGAACUGAUCAGUCUGUCAUAAAUAGCAUUCAGCAACAGUUGGACUGUUCUAUUGCAAAGCACAUGGAAAAGACACAACCAUUUUAA